CACCAAAACCCCAUCCCUCUCUCUCUCUCCUACAUAUACCAAAUCCCCCCCACCCCACCACCACACUCACCAACCCCAAUCACACCAAAAAACACGAAAACUCUCUCUGUAAUCUCUCCCUCAGAUCAAAUCACCUGGAAAAAGAUCCAAUUUUGGCGAGAUGUGUGGCGGCGCGAUCAUCUCCGGCGACAUCCCCACCACGGCGGCGGAGCUGCUGUGGCCCGGUCUCAAGAAUAAGUCCAAGAAUAAGUACAAGAAUAAGAAGAAUAAGCAGAGGAGCAGUAAAUUGGUUGAGAUCGAGGAGGAGGAGGAGGAGGAGGAGGAGGAGGAGGACUUCGAGGCGGAUUUCGAGGAGUUCGAGGACGAAUCGGAGGAGGUGGAGGAAGCGGAGGAGAUCGAGUUCAAGCCCUUCGCCUCCGUAGCGCCGCCGCUUAAACGAGAGUGCUCUACCACCUUGAGAUCUGCGGAUUUCGAUGGACAUUCGGUUAGAAUAGCCAGCAGGAAGAGGAAGAAUCAGUACCGGGGAAUUCGCCAGCGCCCGUGGGGCAAAUGGGCUGCUGAGAUUCGAGAUCCUCGCAAAGGGGUGCGAGUAUGGCUCGGCACCUUCAACACUGCUGAAGAGGCUGCUAGAGCUUACGACGUCGAAGCCCGUCGGAUCCGCGGCAAGAAAGCCAAGGUCAACUUCCCAGAAUCCGGUUCCAGUGCCCAAAAGCGCCACCAGAAGCAAAAGCCGAUUCCUCCGUCGGUUCCCAAACCAAACUCGACAGAAAAUUUGAACUUCACUGGUUCCUUCGGCUCUCUCAAUUACGCAGAUGGCAAUUUUGUCUCUGAUUACCGGGGGAUUGUCGAAGAAAAGCAGCUGAAAACGCCACAAACCGACCCAACCUGCUUUCGAGCAACAAAUCACUUUUCUGAUCAAGGAAGCAACUCUUUCGAUUGCUCGGACUUCGCUUGGGAACCUGAGAUUAAGUACCCGGAGACAACGUCGCUUCUUACUCCCUCCGUAAAUAACAGCGAUGAGACCCAAUUUGUCGAACACGGUAGUAACCCUCUAAAGAAAUUGAAAGGUGAUUCCGGAGAAGCUGUGGCAGUGGAGGAGAACAAAGAAGUAAAACUCGUGGACGAGUUAGACUUCGAGCCGUAUUUGAAAUUCUUGCAGUUCCCGGAUAUUGAAGAGAGCUCGUACGAAACUAUCGACGGCCUUUUCAAUGGCGAUGCGGCGCAAGACGGGGUGAGCCUUGUCGACCUUUGGAGCUUCGAUGACCUCCCCAUGGAGGGUAGUGUCUAUUGAGAAAUGUUAAGCCCUGGAUGCUGGGUUGUUUCUGUAAAUACAGCGAAUAAGUAAGCAAGCGUUUCCGUAAGUUGAUCGCGUAAACAUGAUUUCUGUUGCUCUAUCUUUUGUUGAAAAUGAGAUCUUUCUUUCAAUAUUUUUUAUUUUUAUUUUUCCAGGAAUUGAUAUUGGAGGAUGUGGAGUGCCAAGAACUAUUCAUGAGGCUUUAGUAAAUUAGGUUGUGGUGUCUGUUUAUGAUUUAUAAAUGUGCUCGAAGCACAAUUGCUUAAGAGUUGUAUUGUGCUCCUGCUAUGUGUUUUUGUUUCUGGUUAUUGAUCUCGAAGAUCUUCUAUGUUGUUGAACAUUCUCUCGCAUUUAGCUGUGUUUCUUUGCUAUUGAAGAUGCUUUUAACUUCAAA